CAGCCGUGAUACCCUCUGGUAGAUCCUUCUUUUCCUCAUCGCCAUCGGUUUGCGAACUCGAUUUACGUAUUCUUUCGUUGUUGUCCUUCUUUUUACAGACUAAAGUCAUUCAUUUCAUACCUCCUGGUGAGACCAGCUAUCUUGAUCGAUACACUUUAAACUCGUUCAUACUAUUUGUCGUCUCUUCCUGCCUUUCGCUCACUCACUACUACGCUAUACGAAUAUCGCAACCAUAAAACAUGGCUCCCGUGAAAACUUCCACGCUCCUCGCAGCCCUUGCGUCGGUUUCUACCGUCGUGGCUCACGGACACGUCGACCACAUCGUCAUCGACGGAGUCUUCUACCAGGGUUACGACCCAACCGUCUUCCCCUACCAGCAAAACCCCCCUACCGUCGUCGGAUGGACCACUGACCAGACCGACAACGGCUUCGUCGAGCCUAACAGCUUCGCAAGCGCCGACAUCAUCUGCCACAAGAACGCCACGAACGCCGGCGGCCACGCGCAGGUCAAGGCCGGCGACAGCAUCGCCAUAACCUGGAACACGUGGCCGGACUCGCACAAGGGGCCGAUGAUCGACUACCUGGCGCCCUGCGGCGACUCCUGCGAGACCGUCGACAAGGAGACGCUCGAGUUCUUCAAGAUCGACGAGGUCGGCCUGCUCGACGACACCACCGCGCCCGGGAACUGGGGCUCGGACGUGCUGAUCGCCAACGGCUUCACGUGGAUGGUCCAGAUCCCGGCCACCAUCAAGGCCGGCAACUACGUCCUGCGCCACGAGACCAUCGCCCUGCACUCCGCCGGCUCGACCAACGGCGCCCAGGCGUAUCCCCAGUGCUUCAACCUCGAGAUCACCGGCGACGGCACGGACUCGCCCGCCGGAACCCUGGGCACUAAGCUGUACACCCCCGAGGACCCCGGCAUCCUCAUCAACAUCUACACCACCGGAAUCUCGUACACCAUCCCCGGUCCCACUCUGAUCGCCGGUGCCUCGGCUUCCGUUGCUCAGACCUCUUCAGCCGUCACUAGCACUGGCACCGCGACAGUCGGAAGCGGUGCCGCUGCCACGCAACCCGCUGCUUCGACGACUGCUGCCGCGACAUCAGCUGUUACCACGGCUGCCGCGGCCACUUCGCAGCAGACCUCGACUGCGGCGGCAUCUACGCCAACUACGCUAGCCACAUCGACUAAGGCGGCUGCGUCCACCGCUGCUGCUAGCACUACUAGUGCCGCCGCAGCGUGCACGAGCGCAGCGGCCACUACGACUGCCGCCGCAACCGGUGUCGUCAAUGCGCAGAGCCUGUAUGGCCAGUGCGGCGGCAGCAACUUUGCCGGCCCGACGGCGUGUGCCGAGGGCGGGUGCAAGUCGUGGAACCCGUAUUAUUACCAGUGCGUCGCUUCAGCUUAGACCACCUAAGAUACCUACGGCUUGAAGGGUUGUGGUUUUUGAGAGAUGAGAGGAUCAAGUCUGAUAAGGAUCAAGUGUGAUAGGGAUAAGGAUACGGAUGGUACGAUGUGUGUAUAUACAUAACAACAAAACCGACCCCAUUUGCUUUGGCUUGGCCUGGCUUGGGUCAUCAAGUUUGAUUCUUGUAUUUAUGAUUGGUACGAUCUUAAAUUGAAG